CCUGUCCGUCAUCCAGCCACAGGAGAAGAAGUGGGCGUGGCCGGCACUUCCCUCAGUCUGCCAAUCAAGCAGCUGUAAGAGACAGUAGGCGGGACGAGCAUCUAUCUGACUGACAGGACUGGGCGGAGCUACGAAGGCCUGACGUUCCGACGUCACCACGCACAGGAGGAGGACGCCCGGAGCAUGGGUCGGAAGCGGUGCGUGGGAGACUGUUCCAAGAUGGCGGCGGGCUGCUGCGGGGUGAAGAAGCAGAAACUAUCCAGCUCUCCGCCGUCUGGCUCCGGGGGCCCGGGCGGCCCACACUGCAGCGGGGAGAGCCAGUGCCGCGGGGCGGAGCUGGGCCUCGGAGGCUCCGGGAGCGGGCCCGGUGGAAGCAUCCGGGUGAACGGCCUGUCUUGUGGGAACAGCCUAUCCCCGGGCUGCGGGACUCUCUCUCCGGGCUGCGGCUCCAGCUUAAGUCCAGGCUCCCGCAAGAUGGUGGUCUCCGCCGAGAUGUGCUGCUUCUGCUUCGACGUUCUCUAUUGCCACCUGUAUGGGUACCAGCCACCCCGAACACCUCGCUUCACCAAUGACCCAUACCCCCUGUUUGUGACAUGGAAGAUAGGACGGGACAAAAGAUUGCGUGGAUGCAUAGGAACCUUUUCUGCCAUGAACCUGCAUUCCGGUCUCAGGGAGUACACACUUACCAGUGCCCUUAAAGAUAGCCGUUUUCCCCCAAUGACGAGGGAUGAGCUGCCACGGCUAUUCUGCUCAGUGUCUCUGCUUACAAACUUUGAAGAUGUAUGUGAUUACUUGGACUGGGAGGUGGGUGUACAUGGCAUUAGAAUAGAAUUCAUCAAUGAAAAAGGAUCCAAAAGAACCGCCACGUACUUACCGGAGGUUGCAAAGGAGCAAGGUUGGGACCACAUACAAACUAUUGAUUCCUUAUUGAGGAAAGGUGGAUACAAAGCUGCAAUCAGUAAUGACUUCAGGAAAACUAUUAAACUGACCAGAUACCGUAGCGAGAAGAUGACAAUGAGCUAUGCCGAAUAUCUAUCCCACCGUCAGCACCAUCACUUUCAAAAUGGCAUUGGGCACCCUCUCCCACCAUACAACCAUUAUUCCUGACACUGAGCCGCAUGACCAGUCACUAGACCUCUCAGCAGAACUCUUCCCAGGAGACCCAGCUCCCUCUUGGUCUAGCUAUCUCUAUUACUGUACUAUUUUAUGAUGAUUGUUUCCGUUGUCCUGUUUAGUCUUUGCAUUACUUUAGCAGUGCUAAUCAGGGCAACGGGUGGGAAGACAUUAAGUAUCUACAAUGAAUAUUUUUGUCAACUUUUUUAUGAAAACUUUUUGAGCUACUGAGUUUUUUUUGCAGCAUAUAUAUAUUUUUUUUCUUUAUUUACUAUUUUACAUUUUUUUCUAACCUUUCCCUACUGAUCAGGGUUUCUCAAUGAUUGUGGAUGGAAGGAAACUUUUAUUAGACGAUGAUGUAUCCGUGAUGGAUAAUUGAGUUCUGUGUGUGUGUGCACUAGCUCGUCAGUUUCUGGUACAUAUCUAUUUUAUUUGUAUUUAGUAUAGUCCUCUAAGAUAGCGUCACAAGUCUUGCAUGUUCUUCUUAACUGUUGGAAGAGGAAUUCUUGGCAUUUCCACUGAUUUUGAAAGCAUAUUUUAGGAGAACUGUAUAAUUCUUAAGAUUAGGUGACUCGUGCAGCAGAGAGAAUUCAUACGCAAUUUUUGUUUUUUUGGCCCCUUUUUUCCUCUGUAAUUGCUAAUGAGAGAUGAGGACAUGUAGGUGAUGGGGGUUGAGUAUAGCAGCAGAGACCAAUUUAGGUACAGAUCAUGGCAUUUCAUCUGUUUUACUUAUGCAGUGGUUUAAACCCUCCCUUGCAGUGUUGGGUAACUUGCCUUCAUAUGAACAGGAAACUGAUGCGUUUUGGUUUCAUGAACCGUGUGCUACAGUGCUUGUUCAUCACCUGAUAUGUCUUAUGUCUGCUCUUCCUCUUUGUGUAAAUAUCCAGGGGUCUUCAUGAGACAUGAAAGACCAAUACACUUUAAAUUUCAUGUAUUCGUAUAUAAAGGAUAACAGUAGUAAGACUGAUUUAUGGUUUUGCCACAGCAAAGUAAAUUUUUAGUCAAAUCAUUCUUAAUCUGAAAAAAGAAUAAGCAGGAAUUGGACAAUUUGAUCAACUCCAAAAAAGUUUAUUUGGGAGUCUUUCAUACUAAAUCCCACUAAAUAUUUGAAGUUAUGUUCAUAAAACUACCAAUAAACGUAUGAGCUGGUUGCAAAAGAGUUAUGGCAGAGGUAGACAAAAUGCAGUUAAUCCAGUACUGUGAAAGCAGACCAUUUUUAUGGCUUGUAUACAAACCCUGUGUUCUACGUCUUCUGGACUGAUUGCACUGUCAUGAUGAAGACCUUACAGCGGAGUCAUUUUUGUGUUGUAUUAAGUCGGCAGCAACAAAAAUGUAGCUGCUGACUUUUAAUAAACAUGCACACCUGUCCCAUGAUCCAGCGGUGCACUCACCCCAGCAAUUUCCAGCACCGGCAUUUAUACUGUAGGCAUCCAGGUGUGACAGCUUGUGUCUUUACAGCAGAGUGCCACUUUUGGGUGGAACUCUGCUUUAACAGCAACAUGUAUUGUAGCAUUAUCUGUCAGGCACUGCAGUCUCCCCUAUCAGUAAGGAUGAUUUUGCACUGAACCAUUGGCUUGUUAGUCCAAUAUAUUUUUUUUUUUAGUACAGCCCAUGUUAGGAUAGUUUCCAGAUGCCCUCUUUGGACAAUUAUACAUACCUAAGCCAUUGACCAUCUGUGUUUUUUGCAGCCGGCUUUGGUGAUUUGUCGAUCUACAUUCUCGUAUCUAGAUCGUACUUUACAAGUUUAUUCUGAUACAAUCAGAUGUUAAAGCUCAAGUUUGGGAAAAAUCCUUUGGUGCAUUGGCUAUGUACCAGUAAAAUGGUACCUCCUAAUUUAUCUUUUUUUGGAAAAUGUUACUUGCACGCAGCCUCAGAGGUUGAUGUCCCCAUUGAAGUUAGUUGUUAAAUGGACAGUUGGACUAGGUCUUGGUAGUCACAGCAGGUCACUCGUGUCAGCGCCUGUAUGCUAAAAACACCCUGUAAGAAUUCUAAGGUUGGACACGGAGAUUGCCUACAUUUUCUGUAUGGAGGCGCUUCAGUGUGCACCACGUAAUCGUUGUGCUCCACCCCCGACUGUCUGUUUCACCACUCGAACUUCAGCUGUGACAUCACCCUCCAAGAUUGUAGGUAACUUUUUGAGAAAGCAGUAGCAUGCCUCAGAAGUGCCUUAUUGGUACUUGGCUAGUGCCCCAAUAAAGUUCGUCUGUACUCGUCUGCCUGAGAAUAAAAACUAGCUCACAAAUGCUUUUUUAUUUUUAUUUUCCAGUGAUUUUUUUUUUUUUUUUUUUAAUGCAUGCAAAGACUCGAUGGUAAUGCAUGUUAUCCAUGAAAUCAAAAUGGCCAUUUUUUUCAUUUUGAAAGUUACUUAGAUUAGUCUUUUUAAAAUUUUAUUUGAGGUUUUAUGUUAUGAAAUUGAAACAUUUUUGUGUGACAAGUUUUAUUUUUAAUUUUUGUAGCAGUAGUACUUUGAAACACUUUGAAGUAGUCAAUUGAAAUGCCUCCUGGGUUUUUAAAGUAUGAAUUCUUUGGAGAUUCCUACAUUUUUCAGCUUUGUCCUUUUUGAUAAAACAAUGUAACAGAGAUGGGAGCUACUGGGUACUGCCAGCCUCCCAGGACUGGUGUUGUGUCUCUGAGGUUAGGAAAGAGGAUUUAGUGAUUUGAUUUUUAUUUAUUUUUUAAAGUUCAAUUAUAGGAAUUCAGCACUAUAAGUCACUGUGAGUCAAGUCCAACAUGGCGCAUAACCUCUCCUGAACUCAUCUUUAUUAUUUAUAUCUGAUGGGUUUAUAGUAGGGUUGUCCCGAUACCACUUUUUUAGGACUGAGUACGAGUACCGAUACUUUUUUUUAUGUAGUCGCC